UUUCAGCUGAGCUCUGACUGGCUGACUGACUCCGCGUUUGGCGUGUCUAGGCGUCCCGGCUGUCACGCUCUAGGAACGUCGCGUAUGGUAUAAGGGAUAUCUCAAUAAUCGAUGCAAAGCGGACGCGAUGUGCGACCAUUCGUGAAUAUCAACGUGCGUCAUGCUCGGCUCGCUCGUAGCACCGGUAUUUUUUAUAUAACUAUUAUUGUUAUUUAACAUUAUUUAACGGAGGACAUGGCGACUGUCAAAGUAACCGAGCAGAAAGUCAUCCUGUGCGGGGAAUACGGCGUGGGCAAAACUUCAAUUUUCAGGCGAUUUGCAAACAAUACUUUUAUCUCAAGUAACGACCGAAAAUCCACUCUAGGUCUUGAUAAUAUCGAUAAGGAGUAUCUCGUCGAUGAUAAGAAAAUACGUCUCCAGUUAUGGGACACUGGUGGCAUGGAAAGAGUGGCGUCUGUCACAUCAAGUUAUUAUAAAUUUGCAGAGGCUGCUAUCUUGGUUUUCGCCUUGGACAAUGCCACCUCAUUUCACCUACUAUCGCAGCAUCUUCUCGAUAUAGUUACAUACGCGGAGAAUGCUAAAAUAUUUUUGUGCGGGAAUAAAAAUGAUUUCGAGAGCACAGCGCUCCAAGUAACGGAUGCGGAGAUGGAACAAUUUUGCGAGCAGUGCCACAAUCUGAUAUCGGCGACCUACAAGACCUCGUGCAAAACUGGCCAAGGGAUAAACGAAAUGUUCGAAGAGAUUGCUCAUUAUUUGGUGGAGACCAAUCGCUCUCGAAUAGGCCUACACGAGAUGGACCAAGAACGCUUUAAAAUUUCAUACGUUGAUGAAUCUGGCGACCCGUCCUGCGUAUGUUAGACGGGUGGUUAUGUUCAAGAUAUACUUCCGCCGAAAGUUUGUAAUGGCAUAAGUCUUUCAUCCCAAUAGCAGAGCGUUCCGCAGUUUGUAACCUGUCAAAUAACGGUGACAACGGAAUAAUCGGGAACAAUGGAAAGUAAGUGAAAAGUUAUCGAACGCCACUAUUUAGGCUUGUUUGCAGAACAAUAUAUAAUUUAUGAAAUCGGAAUAAACAUUCAAUAUAUCCAUGUU